AGAAUAUAUCUAAGGUCGACGGUAGGAAGCAUGGACAGAGAAUGGAUAGAAAAUGUAACAAUUAACGAUUUUCCAAGCGCGACGCUGUGGAGGGAAUACUGUAAUGGGAACACUUUUAUGAACAAGGCUAUGGACAUAGCCUGACUUGAAGAGGGAUUUGUCCGCUGUGCUUGUGAGUGUCGAAACGUGGAAGCACUAUGUUAUGUACUGUGGAUUUUAUCCGGAAAUGAAGGAAAUUAUGUACAUUCUAUAACGAUCUGGUUCUGCAAAUCGAAAAGAGAAAAAACAUUAACAGUAAUCAGUUUACAUCAAUAAUAAUCUUCGUCGUAUAUUUAAUAAAAAAAAAAGACAUAGUAGAGUAGGUCAUUUCAAAUGAUGUCAAUGGAUUUACUUACACGUUCAUCACAAUGUUUUACGACUGAGAAUUCCCUUACAUACUCGAAAUUGUUAUAUCAUAAGUAACACACAUACGUACAUCGUGUAGUCUCAUUGUAGAAAUUUUUAGUCACCAAUAAUGGGAUUAGGUUUUCGGUCAAAGAUACCGCUGAUUAUCAUAUCAAUCUUCCUGCUGUGGCAGUCGUCAAAAGUUUGGCGAAGUUUCACUCAGGAGAAAACCAAUACAGAAGCACAGUUUCAAGACGACCAAGCGAUAACAUUAAGCCAAAAAGAUGAGCACAAGGAACAAAAGGUCCACAUUGAGGUCUAUUAUGAAGCCCUAUGUCCAGAUUCGCGUAGUUUCUUCAUUAAACAAUUAUUACCUACAUAUCACAAGAUUCCGGAUAACUUAGAAGUGGAAUUGAUACCUUAUGGGAAAGCUACGACAAUGAAAACGGAUCAUGGUUACAAAUUCACGUGCCAACAUGGACAUAUUGAAUGCAAUGCAAAUAUUAUUCAUGCAUGUUCUAUAGAUGUUCUAAAGAAUUCAUCCAGUCAAUUAGAAUAUAUAUCUUGUAUGAUUAAAAAUAACUUAGAGCCAAUUAAUAUUAUGGAAAUUUGUGCACGGAAGAUGAAAAUAGAUAUUAAGCCAAUUUUGAAAUGUUUUAUUGAGGAGAAAGGUAAAGAACUUUUAGCUAAAUAUGGAGAGAAAACAAAUUCUUUAAAGCCAAGAGUUUCUUUUAUACCAACCAUAACAAUCGAUGGGAAUUCAGACUACCAGGCACGGAUACUAAAAAAUUUGCUGCAGGAAGUGUGCCUACAUCUUAAAGUCUUGCCAGAGGCUUGUAAAUUGUAAAAAUACAAUGAGUAUUCACAUAUCUUUUUAACAGAUAUGUAUAUAUAUGACAUAUAAUAUUUUUUACAUAAA